CUUGCCUCCGCUGUCGUUGAGGCGACUCACAACUUCAAACCUCUCUUCGUGUACGAAUCGACCAAUUGACAACGUGCGCCCGGCCCUCAUGACCCCGCCUCCCGAACCCUGCCCUCGUCAGGCCCCGUCCAUCCUCAACAUCCUGGACGGGUGUCCAUGAUGUGGCCGGCCGCCGAAUCCCUCGUCUCGAAUAACACAACACCCGAACCUCCUAGCCGGCGGGAUUCUGAGGCUUCCAGUCUCUCCCCGUCUCCCAUUGCACUUCCUGUCCGCCCUAAGGAGCCUAGCGAGCCUAGCGAGCCUGCCCAGCCUAUACCUCCGCAUUGGACAACGGGUUCACUCGCUGCCAUUACGGGACAUCACGGUCCAUCACUAUCAUCAUCCCCCACUGAAUCUACAAAUUAUACCGCAUCGGAAAAGAAUUACGAUAUAGAGGAGAAUCGGAGUUACGGAAGAGGAAAGCAUAGGCAGAGCCAUGCACGGUCCAGCCUUGAUGGAUCGUCGUAUGGAGAGGUGGUGGUGGACGACUCGGAGUUGAUGGGUGCCGUGUUGGACGGCAUUGGACGGAUCACGAUCACCAUGAGACUGGACUCUGGUGGCCGCUGGAGGAUCCGACGGGAAUCGAGUCAUCUUGAGUGGUUUUAGUCGAGUCAUCAGAUUGCUCUAGGAGGUUCCGACCGAGCCCUUUCGCUUCAUGUAGCUAUACCCCGAAC